CCCCCCCUUCUCUCUCUCUAUCUCCAGUCUCUAGUCUCUCCCUCUCACUCUCACCCGAGGUAGCCCUGGCUAGUCUGGAGCCAUUGCCUCCCCUCUUUCUUCCCCAGUUGACAUCCACUAUUUCACCCAUCAUCUGCUUCCCCUCCCACCUCUCCCUCUCACCUCCCAUCCACAUACCCAUACACAUACACCCUCACACCACACACACACCAUGUCGCUGCCUCUCCCCCGUACUCUCCCGGGGGCCCUCCUCCGCCGGUCCUAUGGCACCGUGCAAUCCACUCCCAGCGCUGGCGCCCUGGCCAGCCGGAUCCCAGCCGCUCUCCGCGAAGCCACUGCUGCCACGGCACCACGCACAAACUGGACUCGCGAAGAGGUGCAACAAAUCUACGAAACGCCUUUGAAUCACCUCACUUAUGCCGCGGCCGCCCUCCACCGCCGCUUCCACGACCCCUCCGCCAUCCAAAUGUGCACCCUCAUGAACAUCAAAACCGGCGGCUGUAGCGAAGACUGCAGCUACUGCGCCCAAUCCAGCCGGUAUGACACCGGCCUGAAAGCUACCAAAAUGUCCCCCGUCGACGAAGUGCUUUCCGCCGCCCGUACCGCCAAAGCCAACGGUAGCACCCGGUUCUGCAUGGGUGCCGCAUGGCGCGACAUGCGCGGGCGCAAAACCUCCCUCAAGAACGUCAAGUCCAUGGUCUCGGGGAUUCGCGGCAUGGGAAUGGAAGUCUGCGUUACUCUCGGCAUGAUUGAUGAGUCACAAGCCAAGGAGUUGAAGGAUGCGGGUCUUACGGCAUACAACCAUAACCUGGAUACGUCGAGGGAGUUUUAUCCCAGUAUUAUCACGACGAGAUCAUACGAUGAGAGAUUGAGGACGUUGCAGAAUGUCCGCGAUGCGGGGAUUAACGUCUGCUCUGGGGGUAUUCUGGGUCUUGGUGAGAAGGAUGAGGAUCGGGUAGGGUUGAUUCAUACGAUGGGAAGUUUGGAGAAGCAUCCUGAGAGUUUCCCGGUUAAUGCUCUUGUUCCUAUUCCUGGAACGCCAUUGGGUGAGAGGAAGAUGAUUUCGUUCGAUAAGAUUCUCAGAACGGUGGCUACGGCGAGAAUUGUUCUACCGGCUACGAUUGUGCGUCUGGCCGCGGGGAGAAUCUCGUUGAGCGAGGAGCAGCAGGUGCAGUGCUUUAUGGCUGGUGCUAAUGCGGUGUUCACGGGAGAGAAGAUGUUGACUACAGAUUGUAAUGGGUGGGAUGAGGACCGGGCCAUGUUCGACAAGUGGGGAUUCUACCCCAUGAAGAGCUUCGAGGCGGAGCAUUUGAUCGAGGAGGGCAAGGAGGUGCCGGGGAAGGUUGAGGAGGUGGUCGAGGAAAAGGGUGCUGCGCAGGACGCAGUUAGGGCAUAAACUUGUUUGAAGUUGUUCUGGUAUAUAAACAAUAUAUCCACUCAUCUGGUUGAUGUAGUCCAGGAGCUGUGAUUUUCUACUUUCCUUCCCAAAUUCUAUUCCCUACUAUUCC